AUGUCCUCUCCCACGAUGGUAGUCCCUAUUUUUCCUGAUCAUCCACUUGAUCACCCAUUGCCUAGUCUGUAUGAGCUUCAAGCUCGACGCUGUCAUCUCGAAAGGUUAUGCAGUACUAUUCGGAAAGCAAAACCUGAAUUCCGCUUGUACUUUGAAUACCUUGCUGCGAUCCUGUUGGUAGACAAGCAAAAGAUCGGGAGCCGUGGUCGACUGUCGACAACGGCCGUCUCCCUUUACGUCGUGAAAGAUCGGCUGGAGUUCAUCUCUCCAUUUUGCAAACACUACAUGUUCCACCUUGACCCAAAGAAUUUCGAAGACGACAACUGGCAACAUGCUAAACCUCGACUGCCGGAACCCCAGCACCCGGUGAAUCACGAGUUGUUCAACAUGGACAACAUUGACGAAGACAUCAUCCGGGCCGCGAUGUACUACUCUUCUUGUUUCAAGACUGACCCGGAUCUCGAUCCUGUUCAUCCUGACCAAGAGCAGGAAGACCUAUGCCUUGAACGUGAUGGACGAAAGUGUGUGUUGACGGGGGAGUCUAACGUUCGUAUCUUUCACUUCAUCCCCAUCACAUGGAACGAUACUGUGGACCACAACAACGCCACCGGAAUGCUCAAAGGAGCAAGUGUCGAAAUAGCUGAUAUCAAUCUUUUGAAUGCUCCCGCCACAAUCUGCAGCGCCAAUGAGCUUGGCACGUCCCACAAAGCGUGGAACAUGCUCUGCGUCAACGAAGAUAUAUACGGUUAUCUCGUCAAGGGUCUUUGUGCUUUCAGAUUUAUGACGUAUGAGACCAUCGGCAAAGGUCAGGCUCUGGUGAACCUCCAGUUCUACUGGAUGCCUAAGCUGCCAGGACGAUUCAACGUCGACAUCAGCAAGGAAAGGUUUCAAGCCGCCACCGAAGGGUUGAAGCUAUUACAACGCUUUACCACAUAUUAUAACCAAGGCUGUCCCACGGAGUUCCCAGAAAGUUCCGAAAUGGGCAAGAAACUCAAAUCCGGCCACUCUAUCGACAUGACGAUGUCCGAACAAGACGCGAUGAAGUUGGAGUCUGCGGUCAAGGUACACUGGGCCUGUAUCCUGUUUACAGCUCUUUGUGGUGGUGCUGGGCGCGCUUGGAACCUAACUGGUAUGGAUUUGAGUAAUGGAUCUUUGUACCCGAGGGAUCACGCAUUUGAGGGCGACGAUUACGAAGAAUAG